GAGCGUGGUGGUGGUGGUGGGGGGCGCUGAUGGCACAGAUCCGACUCACUGUAAACACACCGACUGGAUCUCUAACACCCUCCAGCCUCCGGAGAAAUACUUGCACAAUGCCAGGACGCCGCGAACACAGGCCGUGACAGCAGCUCUCUCGCCGGACAGACCCUCAGACAAACUGCGCUGUUUUAUUCUGAGAUGAAAACAUGGAGCUGCCUGACCAGCGUACGAAGCAGCUAUGCUAAGCUUAGCACAGCUAGCCAGCAGCCCUCUUGGCUUUAGUGUUUCAGGCGAAAAGGUGCCGAGUGUCAUUUCAUUGUCUUGAAACUUUGGUUUAUUUGUUUUACAGCUGUCAGCUUUGACUUUGUUACGGAUGUGAAAAGGACCAGGGGCGCGUCUUUAGCUCAUGUAAACACCGUGUUAUUGUCGUAGCUGGAAGCAGUGACACAGUUUGCCAGCCUGCAAGUAAUUGUAGCUGAAUGGGGUGGAGUUUUUUUCAUUAAUAUUGCCGCACAGGCUAGAAUAACAUUAGGUAUCAAGAGGCCGGGUUGGGAAGACGGUGGUGUCGGACGACAAAAUGGUGUUGAGGAGUUGCUGGAAAUCUCGACAUAAAAACAGCUCUGGACCUGCUCGUCGCUGGAUCCGAUCAGGUUUGGCAGCCCUGCUCUGGUUAUGUGUGACCCAGUUUAUUUGCGGCAGUGGGGCGGUGGGGGAGACCAAAAACGUGGUCCAGAAAGAUGCGGAGUUUGAUGUGACUUAUAAUGACACGGUUACAAGUGAAAACCAGACGAUCUAUGCUUUCAAUCACACUGUCUCCAGGAACAAGACAGAGGGAGUGCGUGUGUCUGUGGAUGUGUUGUCCCAGGGAGAGAGUCCUACCCUGUUUGUGGUACGGCAGAAGCAAGCUGUGCUGUCUUUUCAAGUCCCUCUCAUACUAAGAGGCCUCUACCAGAGAAAGUACCCUUACAAUCAUGUGGGCCGGACAUUGUGUCAGCCUCCGACCCGGGCUGCUUCUGAGACCCAGCACUUCUUUGUGGACGUGUCCACCCUGUCCAGCCUGGGUACAAACUACCAGCUCAGGGUCAGCCGCGUUGAAAGCUUCACCCUGCAGACAGACAAGAAAUUCAGCUUCACCGCGUCGCCAUCCCAACCUCAGUACUUCAAGUAUGUCUUCCCGGAUGGAGUAGACACUGUGAUCGUCAAGGUCAACUCAGACAUGAACUUCCCCUGCUCCGUUAUGUCCGUCCAGGACAUCCAGUGCCCUGUCUACGACCUUGACAACAACGUGGCCUUCAUUGGGAUGUACCAGACUAUGACCAAAAAAGGCGCAAUCACUGUGCAGAGAAAAGAUUUUCCCAGCAACAGUUUCUACGUGGUGGUAGUGGUAAAAACAGAGGAUGAGGCCUGUGGUGGUCCGCUGCGCUUUUACCCUCUCCGUCCCGAUGAGCUGAUUGACGCCGGGAACCGCACCAAGGUCCUCGAUGUGGUAGUCUCACCUGCUAUCGACUUGAAGGUGUAUGUGAUGGGCAUGCUGUUCUGUUUGGGGAUCUUCCUCUCCUUCUACCUGCUCACCUUGCUGGUGGCCUGUCUGCAGAAUAGGCGAAUAAAGAAGAGAGAGGUGUUUCAGAAUCCUGCUGACAUGUCGCCUGCUGAGACAGCCUCUCUGCUUGGGAAGAACGGAGAUGGCAAGACUCCAGCCUCACCCUAUGAAUAUGGCCCUUGGUUUUUCUCUCUCCUCCUCCUCCUCCUCUCCUCCUCCUCCUCCUCCUCCUCCUCCUCCUCCUCCUCCUCUUCUUCUUCUCCAGCUGACAACGGCAGCACACUCAGCUCAGAGGCCAUCACUGACAGUGCCACAUCAACUGACAACAACUAUGGAUACAUGGGACAGGAGCCUUUCAAACGUCGGCCAAUCCUCAAUCACCUUCACCACAUAGCCAUCCGCAUCGAGCGAUCGCUGGAAAGCGUUGGACGAAGCAGGCAGGAGUCUCUGAGCUCCGUGGAGGAGGAUGACUAUGACACGCUGGACGACAUCAACUCGGACAAAAACAUAGUUCGCACCAAGAAAUAUUUAUGUGUGUCUGACCUGGCUCGCAAAGACAAGAGGGUCCUCAGCAAGAAAUACCAAAUCUACUUCUGGAACAUCGCCACUAUCGCCGUGUUCUAUGCGCUGCCAGUCAUCCAGCUAGUCAUCACCUAUCAGACGGUGGUCAACGUCACGGGAAACCAGGACAUCUGCUUCUACAACUUCCUGUGUGCCCACCCACUGGGAGCGCUCAGCGCGUUCAACAACAUCCUCAGUAACAUGGGUUACGUGAUGCUGGGACUACUUUUCCUCCUCAUCGUCCUCAAAAGAGAUAUCGUCCACAGUCGCGCCCUGGAACGCAACGAUCUCAACGCGCUGGAAUGUGGUAUCCCAAAACAUUUCGGUCUGUUUUAUGCCAUGGGCACUGCUCUGAUGAUGGAGGGUUUACUCAGUGCCUGCUACCACGUCUGUCCCAACUACACCAACUUUCAGUUUGACACCUCUUUCAUGUACAUGAUCGCUGGACUGUGCAUGCUGAAGCUGUAUCAGAAGAGGCACCCAGACAUCAACGCAAGCGCUUACACUGCUUACGCCUGCCUGGCUGCGGUCAUCUUCUUUUCUGUGCUGGGAGUGGUAUUUGGGAAAGGAAACACGGCCUUCUGGAUCGUUUUCUCAGUGAUCCACAUUCUGGCCACUCUCCUGCUCAGCACGCAGCUCUACUACAUGGGCCGAUGGAGGCUGGACUCCGGGGUGCUGCGCAGGAUGGUGUACAUCAUCUACACAGAUAGUAUCAGACAGUGCAGCGGACCGAUGUACAUUGAUCGGAUGGUUUUGCUCGUAAUGGGGAACAUAGUCAACUGGUCUCUAGCUGCCUACGGCCUCAUAGAGAAACCCAAUGACUUUGCCUCCUACCUGUUGGCCAUCGCCAUCUGCAACCUGCUGCUCUACUUUGCCUUUUACAUCAUCAUGAAGUUGCGGAGCGGUGAGAGAAUCCAGUGUCUGGCAUUAGUGUGUAUUCUGUUCACGGCCGUGGUGUGGGGCUUCGCGCUGUAUUUCUUCUUCCAGGGGCUCAGCACCUGGCAGAAAACCCCAGCAGAGUCUCGUGAACACAACAGGGACUGCAUCCUGCUUUCAUUCUUCGAUGACCAUGACAUUUGGCACUUCCUUUCCUCCAUCGCCAUGUUUGGAUCCUUCUUGGUCCUCCUCACCAUGGACGACGACCUCGACACCGUCCAGAGAGACAAGAUCUUCGUCUUCUAGAUUCGUCAGAUCUCCUGUGAUGAGCUCAGCUCUUCCUCUCUGCCUUAUCGCCCCCUCCUCGUCUCUCCGUUCCCUUUAUGUGUUCUUUAAAAACAAAAAAAAAAACAAAAAAAGCACAGCCAGUAGCCUGUUUUUUUUGUUUUCCCCCCUUCUCUCUCCAAGGCUGUACAAUGGGCACCUGUAUGCCUCUCACAGCCAAUCAGCCAGUCAGGGACGGGGCAGUAAGCCCCCUCCCCUCUACCUGUAUGGACACAAACGUGCCAACAAAGAGCUGCGUCGACGUCAAAGUGAUGCUGAAGUGUUUCGUCCUCUCGCUGCCAUCAUCAGUGUAACUGUUGUGAUCGAUGUUUACCUAACUGCUGAUGAUGAAGUGUGCACACUUGCUAAAAAAAAAAAAUUAACUUAUUUUAUACUGCCCGCAUUACAUUGGAUCUGCAAGUACAAUGCAUUUUGAAAUGACCGUUUGUAUGCUGUUUAUACGCUAUGUGAGCGAAAGUGUGAGUGUGAGUGUGAGUUUACAGACAUAAAUGUCUAAAUGUGAGAACUCUGUCCAGUCUGCCAGUGGCCUUUUAAUGUUCUAAUCACGUUAGUCACAUACUGUGCUCUAAUUGGUCAGAUCCUCCAGCCGUCCUUCUUCUCAUUGGAGAACAAGAUGAUGAUGAUUGUAUUUACUUCUCGACUGCCCUCAAGUCUGAAUGCAAAAGUUGUUUUUGUUUUUUUUUGCACUAUACUGUAUGAAAAACUGAUUUCAAUGUUGCAAUGGUUGCAAUGAGCGGUUACUGAAUAAAGGUCUCAUUUUCAUAUCUUCA